CUCCUCCUCCUCCUCCUCUCAGCCGCUACUGCAGCCGCAGAGCCCGGUGCCUCCCGGAUCCAUGAAGAAAGCCCCCCUGCACGGCACCUCCCCCGCCGCGAUGGGCCGCGAGCUAAUAACCACCGCGCUGAUGUGUUGAUACCGAGAUAUUUCCAGCUCUCAAAUAUGAAUCAUGCGUUUGAUAUCUGUGGCCACUUUGCUCGUCAGCGUCCUCUCGCCCUGGCUCCGUCCAUCCGCAGCUUCAUACGAUUCUCAAGGAGUAGAGGACAAGGUUGAGAGGGACGCAGUGCCAGCCCUGCUGAAGCAACAGGCAACUGCAGCACCUGCUACAGACAACACAACACGCCAUGCAGCAGAGCAUGUGAUCACCUACCCCUCGCGCCUGAUCUACUACCUGAACGAGGACUCGGAGAGCACCUACCAUGACCUGAACACCCGGACCAGGAACCAAGCCUCGGAGGGCCAGGCAGUCCAUCUCGCCCAAGUCAGCUUCCAGUUGGAAGCGUUCGGCUCCAGAUUUGUUCUGGAUCUGGCAUUGAACAAUGACUUGCUGUCUUCAGAUUAUGUGGAGAUCCACUAUGAAGGAGGGAAACCCGUUCUGUCAAAGGGCGGAGAGCACUGCUACUACCACGGCCAGGUGAGGGGGAACGAGAACUCCCACGCGGCCCUAUCCACCUGCAACGGGCUGCACGGGAUGUUUGACGAUGGAGUCCAUGUGUAUCUAAUUGAGCCCUUACUACAGACUCAUUCAAUUGAUACGGCUGCAAGGCCUCAUAAACUAAGGAGGACGGCCUCCCUUCCGUGGAGCCAUGAUUCAGAGGAAGAGGUGGAGGAGGAGCAGCUCUUCUCAGAGCUGGAUGAAUUAUCCUGGCUGAAGCGCAGGAAAAAGCGAGCAAUGCCUCGCAGCGUGUUUGAAGAGAUGAAGUAUUUGGAAGUCAUGAUUGUCAGUGACCACAGCAUGUAUAAACGACACAAGAGCAAGCAGCAUACAAGGAAUUUUGCCAAGUCAGCAGUGAAUAUUGUGGAUGGUAUCUUCAAAGAGCACCUGCACACACGCGUGGUGCUGGUUGCCGUGGAGAUCUGGACGGACAAGGAUCACAUCCCCAUCAGCGUGAGGCCGCAGGAGAUGCUGCGAGAUUUCUCCAAGUACCGGCAGCAGAGCAUCAAGCACCACGCCGACUCCGUGCAGCUUCUGUCAAAUGUGACCUUCCACUACCGCAGGAGCAGCACUGCGUACUUCGGAGGCAUGUGCUCUGUGAGCCGUGGCGUCGGGGUCAACGAGUACGGCACCACCGCGUCCAUGGCGGGAUCUCUGUCUCAGAGCCUGGCGCAGAACCUGGGCAUCCAGUGGGACCCGGCAUCCAAGAGAAAGGAGUGUGGAUGUGCAAGCCUGUGGGCUGGAUGCAUCAUGGAGGACAAUGGGGUCCAACACCCGCAGAGAUUCUCCAAAUGCAGCAUCACAGAUUACAAGGAGUUCCUGUUGAAAGGCGGCGGCUCGUGUCUGUUCAACAGGCCCACCAAGCUGUUCAAUGAGGCGGAGUGUGGGAAUGGAUUCGUUGAGGUGGGAGAGGAGUGCGACUGCGGAGCCAGAGCGGACUGCUACAAGGAGUGCUGCAAGAAGUGCUCCCUGGCCAACGGGGCGCACUGCAGCGACGGGCCGUGCUGCAAUAACACAUGUCUGUUCUAUCCUCGAGGUUACAGCUGCCGCUACGCCGUGAACGACUGUGACAUCUCGGAGACCUGCUCCGGGGACUCUGGACAGUGCCCUCCCAACCUCCACAAGCAGGACGGUUACUACUGUCAGGUCAACAAGGGCCGCUGCUACAGUGGAGAGUGCAAAACCAGAGAGAACCAGUGCAAAUACAUCUGGGGGUCGAAGGCUGGAGGAUCAGAGAAGUUCUGCUACGAGAAGCUGAACACAGAAGGCACGGAGAAGGGCAACUGUGGGAAGGAUGGAGACAAAUGGGUCCAGUGUAGUAAACAUGACGUGUUCUGUGGUUACCUUCUCUGCACCAACAUCGGGCGUGUCCCGCGCAUCGGAACCAUGAAGGGAGACGUCACGCCCACCUCCUUCAAUCACCAGGGCAACGUGAUACAGUGCACUGGUGCCCAUGUCCUUUUGGAUGAUGACACUGAUUUAGGCUACGUGGAGGACGGGACCCCCUGCGGGCCGUCAAUGAUGUGCCUUGACCGGAAGUGUCUGCCCAUCCAGUUGCUCAACAUGAGCACCUGCCCCAGCGGACCUAACGGACAGGUGUGCUCUGCCCACGGGGUGUGCAACAAUGAAGCCACGUGCACCUGUGACUCCACCUGGGCAGGGACAGACUGUAGCAUGCCUGACCCGCCUAAAGAGCCUGAGGCAGCUCAGGAAGAGGAACCCAAGGGUCCUAGUGCCACCAAUCUAAUAAUAGGCUCCAUCGCCGGAGCCAUCCUUGUGGCUGCCAUAGUGCUGGGGGGGACUGGAUGGGGCUUUAAAAAUGUGAAGAAGCGGCGAUACGACCCCAACGCCACAGCCAUUUAACCCAAGGAGAGAUGGCAAUCAGAGGCAGGACCCCUCCAAGGCUUCCGUAGAUGGCUACCUGACAACUGGACUGCACUUACUGCUGCUGAUCUUUGGCAUUAGUUUUACUUGAAAAAGACAUAGUGGACAUUUUAACAAAUUCCCAUCAUAGUGACAUUAUAAACGCAGCCUUCUCGACUUCAUCUCACCCAUGUAACGACCACUCCCGACCCUCCGACCUGAUCUGCGGAGUGACGGAGCCCCUCUUCCAUCCUCCAGUGCCAGUGCACAGGCGUCCAGGCAGAAACCACACCACUCUCUCACCUGGCAUGAUUAAUCCACACAAAGCGUGCUGCUUGCUGGCGUCCUGGCAUGAAGGGCCCUCUCUGCAGGGCUCGCAUGGCUACCAAAGCUACAAAUAUAACGCAAAAAAAAAAAAAAAACAAAAACAACAAAAAAAGAAACAUACUGACAGAAAAAAAAUAAAGGAUUUAUCCAGUGCAGGAGAAAACCUGGUUAAAAACCAAGCCCAGUGGAAAGCUGGUUAAAGCUUCAAUAUUCAAUGUUUAGGUGCUGCAGAAGAUAAUGAGGCUGCAUGUGGGGGACCCUGAAGGGCCGUGUGGACCUCAGAACAAACACACACACACACAGACACACACAAAACACACAAAACUGUACAUAAAUAAGAACUUCAGGUUUGGGAUAAACGGCAUCCUCGACAACGACUCCAGUUGCUUUUAUUUAUAUAUUAAUUUUUUUUUAUCUUAGUAUAUUGCAUAGCAGGUGUUUUUGGCAACGUUAUAAUAAGAAACAUUAAUAACUGCAGUUAUAAUUUGGGCCGUGAUUGAAGCACGUCGGUCCUAGAGAGGCUCGGACGUUAGAUGCCCCCCCCCCCCCCCCACCCCCCCACCCCCUCCCACCUGAAGUAUCUUCAACAGAGACUCAAAAGCCAAAGAACCAAUCACCUGAACAUAUGGAUGUUGUUGCACGCAGAGCACUUUCCCCCCUCUGUCUGCGGCCAGUGGUGCCUCUUGUGCUGCUGAGGACAUGGAGGUCUGUCCGUGCAGACUCUCACCUGUCCAGCCAGGUCUCACCUGACCGUCCUCAUUAACACCCACUAUACUGGCUUAGCCUGUUGCUCUCAUAAACUCUUAAUAGAAAGCAAUUUCAGCUCUCCUGGUAACGCUGCAUGCAAUCACUAUAGUGGGCUUAAAAUUCUAUAUGGGAGUCCCCAAAAUCCGCAAAAAAAAAAAAAACAAAAAACAAAAAAAAA